AUGCACCAGCCAGCCAAGGCUUUUUGUUGUCGUUUGCUGCGUUAUGUGUGCUGUGAUUUAACUGAUGUGUCUUUUGUAUGUGUUGUAGGUUUGCUCUCAGAGACUCUGUGCUCCUUAACUUUGGAGGCAGAAGCUGGAGAUAAAGUCACUAUUUGGUGCCAAAAUGGCUUGACUGAUACAGGUUCCAUUUUCUGGUUUAAACACACGUGUGAUUCAGUUCCACUUCUUGUUGGGUGUAAUCAUUUUUUUACAUCAGCUCCAUCAGAAACAUGUUACUUCUUUACUGAGAGUGAGAGAAUAGUGAUGUCUGUUUAUAACAAGAACACGUCUCUCACCAUCACUGCAGUAAAUGUCUCUGAUACAGGACUCUAUUACUGCAGCUACAGUGAGAAAAUUAACUUUAACAACCCGACUUCCUUACAAGUGAAAGGUAAGUUUAUACAGAACUCUCCUGAUGUGUUCUUCAUGCUGACUGUGGUGCUUGGUGCAGUGAGUGUAAUUCUUCUCAGUGUCCUGAUCCUUAUCAUACUGAAGCACAGAAAAACUCACACAGGUCAAAUAGUUCCCGAGUCAGACUCUAUGAAUUACGCUGCUCUCCAGUUCCAUAAGAAAGAAACUAUGAGGACCAGGAGACACGAUGAGAAAGUGGAUCUGCAUGUUAUCUAUUCAUCUGUGGGUCAGUAA